AUGUCGGAAGAAGACGGCAUCCAUCAACUCAAUCGCACCUACAGCCCAGCUCUCAACCUAGUCCCUCCCAACUCCAAGUCUAAGCGAUACGACGACGCAUUGGCCUACUUUCGAACGAUUACAUGGUGCGCGGAGCUGCUAGAAGCUUCUGGCACUUAUUACUUCCUCCCUAACUGCCGAAACCCAGCUUCGGAUCACCAAGACCAAUUCUUUAGCACGACCCUAGCCACACCAACUACUCUGAAACACGUCUUGUGCUUUUUUGCGACAGAGGACCGAGAUGUGCUACAGGAUACAUCAACGCCUAUUGCCAAGGUGCAGACACUUUACGCUCCAGAGGACGGCCUCGGUGGUAUCGGAUCAAUGAUGCAUGGUGGAAUGAUUAUGGCCUUGCUUGACGAGUCCUCAAAUGUACUGCUUGAGAUCAACACUGUAAUGAACAAACAAGGUGCUAUGUUUGAAGCAGGAAGUGUCACAGGGGGAAUGGAAAUUAAAUUUAUAAGGCCUGUUAUCACCGGGCAAACAGUUUUAGCUACAGCCAGCAUCGAUGUAGUUGAUGGACGUAAGAUGAGGAUCAAGUGCGACAUACGCGACGAAGAUGGAAUAAUAUUAGCCAGGGCAUCUAGCACAUGGUUUGUCGUUAAACAUCAUCUUUAA